UGAAUUCUCUCCCACGCCGUCCAAUCCAAAUUACGAAUCAUUAAAGCCGCCAAAGUUUUUCGCGGCGCGUAUCCUAAAAUUUCAAAAUUUUCUUUUUGCGUUUUCAGUUAAACAUUUUCAAUGUUCAAACUCAAACUCAGUCCCCAUUCUUCUUUCUUUCUUUGACUACAUUUACUUUACCCUCAGAAAUUUCAAAAAAUUUCUCAACCUUUAGUGAUGAUCCAUCAAAAAACCCCUUCUUCACCAUCUUCACCAUCUUCACCUUCGCAUCAGAAACCUUUCACCAACACUGCUGCUUAAAUUGUUGUUAGUUGUUACUAUGAGAGAGCAAAACGUUGAGUCGUUCUACGCUAAGCUUCGCGAGUCCGCGCUAUCUUCUUCCUCUUCUCCGGUUCUGAUUUUUCCCUCAACCUCCGACGUGGACUCUCUCUGUGCCCUAAAAAUCAUCUUCCACAUCCUCGAAUCCGAUUCCAUCCAAUACGCGUGCUACCCAGUGUCGUCUUUUCACGAGAUCCACAAGUACACGUCAUCUUCCUCCUCAAACGACGAGCCUCUCUCCGUCGUUUUGGUUAAUUGGGGCAACCACAGAGACCUCAGCAAAACCCUCAACCUCGCCCCCAACGCCCGCGUUUUCGUCGUCGACAGCCACCGCCCCAUCCACCUCCGCAACCUCAGCGAUCAAAACGACGCCGUUCUGGUGCUCUUCACUAAAGACGACGAGAACCAAUCCGAUCUCGCAUCCGACUUCAACCUCGCCACGCUCGCCAACGCCGCCCCCACCGUCGAUUCGGAUUCCCAGUCCGACUCCGAAUCUGAAUCCGAUUCCGACUCCGACUCCGGCUCCGAAAGAAAUGGAUCUAGAAAGAGGAGAAAGAAGAACCCUGAGGAUGAUGAUGAAGAUCCAAUUAAGCUCUACCGGAAGCUGAAGAAAGGCUAUUACCGAUUGGGGACGUUUCACGGGAAGCCCUCUGGGUGUUUGAUGUAUGAACUUGCUGACAAGCUCAGGAAGAACACCAACGAGUUGCUCUGGCUCGCAUGCAUUUCCCUCACGGAUCAAUUUUUGCACGAUAGAUUGAGCGAUGAGAGGUACCAUGAUGGAGUCAUGGAGCUUGAGCAGCACAUAAACAGUUCUGGUAAUUUGGAUGUGGUUACUUUUGUUACUCUUAAGGAUGGCACCAAGAUUCGUGCCCCGAAUUUGUCGCGGAUUACUUAUGAGGACCAGCCGAGGCUCAUGCUGUUGCAGGAGUGGAGCCUCUUUGACUCCAUGAUGUGCUCCUCGUACAUUGCCACCAAGUUGAAGACGUGGAGCGAGAAUGGGAUGAAGAAGCUGAAGCUUCUGUUUGGGACGAUGGGGUUCGCUCUUGGUGAUUGCCAGCAGAAGUUUCAGCACAUGAAUGUGGAGGUGAAGCGCAAUAUGAAGAAGGAGUUUGAGAGGUUUUUGCCUGAGUAUGGGCUCACUGAUUUUUACUACAGGAGUUUCAUUAGGACUCUCAAGUAUAGUUCUAAGAUUUCUGCUGCGGAUGUGGUGUAUGGUGUCACUGCAUUGCUUGAGUCUUUCGUGAGAUCAGAUGGUUCUUGUGCUUCUAAGCAGUUUGGUGUGGCCUAUGAUGCGCUUUCUUUGAACAAUAUUGACAACUUGAGAACCGGGAUGCAGCAUGCUAUUAAGAUUCAGAGAGCAAUUUUAAGGCAAGGCAGUGCUGCAAUUACUAAGAUUGGGUGUAUAAGGAGUGGAAGGAGUUUCCGGUGGCUGAAGCUGGAGGAUUCCAAUGAUGCUAUGCUGUUGGGGUACCCACAGGCUUUGACUAAGUUCUGUUUAUUUAUCAUGGAUGCUUUGCGAGAGAAAGGGGCCAAAAUGAAGCCUUUGAUUUGUGUUUGUGUGUCUCAGGAGCCCGGGAAGGUGCUGAUUGUGGGGGUUUGUGGGAGGCCGCGUUUGGGUGGGGCUCAAGCAAAUGCAUUUGGGAUUGCAUUUAGGACUGCGGCAGAGGAGAUUGGAACUGAGUUCUUUCAUGAGUUAUUUGAAUCAUCGUGGAUUGUUCUGGAUGCUUCAGCUGUGAAUUCUUUCAUGGUUAGGUUGACCAAGAAGCUGUGAUGCUGCUGAAUUUCUGAUUAGAAUUGGUUCUUCAAGGAAGUGUCUACUCUGACCACAGUGCCAUGCCUUAGAUGUUGGACCAAAACAUGACUCUUUUCCUAGUCAGUUGUAUUGUGAUUCAUAGCAUAUUCAUUUGACUUUUCUUGUUUUCCCAAAUAUGUUAGCUUGACACUUUCAUGUAAACUAAUGUUUUAAUUCCAAUUUGGAAGUAACGUUGAAUUGAAAAAAAAUGAGAUCUUCAUGGAUAAAGUUCAAAUAUCAAGUGCCUAAUUUUCAAUUA